AUGAGUCACCAUCCUGUGGAAGCCAACAUCGCGCCGCCUCCACCGCCACUGCAAACACCCGGUCUUCACUCUCAAGGCUCAUAUAUGCCGACCUACCAGCAGCCCGAAAUGAUGCCGACGAGUGACCCUUCGCCGCCAAUGCAGUUCCCGGUUGAUGGAUGGAGUCCAUACGAUAUGUUCGAAGGGUUCCUCGACUACGCUGAUCCCGCAAUCUUCAUGGAUCCAAGCUUCAUGACUGCUAAUCCAUUCGCGCCCGUGGUACCAGCGCCAGCGCCAAUGCCUCCAGGCAGUGCGGCAUCGAUGCAGAUCAGCAAUGUCCUAGUGCCUGACACGACAAUGCCUCCGCCAGCGACGUCUUUCUCGGCUCCCGGACGUCCGACACCCUUUAGCACUCCUCAGCCGCCAGCACGCCGGCCAAUCGUACAGGUAGGCCGUUGGCGGAUAUCUGGCUCCGAUUACAAGACCAUCGUCAAUGGUAUUCAGGACUUUCGCGAGGUCCUGCCACGUUCAUUCGUCUUUCUCACUCGGCACACCAUGUCAAGAUUCUUGGAAGGGUGCUUUCGAGGGUUUCUGGAGCAUUUCCCUUUCAUCCACUUCGCGACCUUCUCGGUGGCAAACACAGCUCCAGAGCUUUUGUUGGCUAUGGCGGGCAUAGGAGCCGAGUUCCGAUUUGAAAGACACAGAUCGCCACCAUUGUUCUAUGCGGCGAAGGCUAUCCUUGAAGAACGAAUACGCCGGCAUAAAUUCUGGAGCAGUGCUGCAAGCAUUGUUCCACCGCCAGCCAGCACUAACGAGGCAUCCUCGCCGGCGCAGAUCAAGACGCCAGGAAGUGGAUCCGAACAACAAUUCUUCCAAGAGACCGGAAAUGAAGUCCUUGUGCGAUGGGGCCAGCUGCAAACAUUACAAGCCAUGAUUAUUGUUCUGGCGAUGGGCGCUUGGAACUCGGAGAGUCUGCUACGUGAAGCGAUGACACUUUCGAGCCUUGCUGCAAGUCUCAUACGAGACAGUGGCAAACUGGCGAGACCACAGGAAUCGCCGCCUACGAACUGGAGUGACUGGGCAUUCCAUGAAUCACUCAAACGCACCAAGUUCAUGUACUACUCAAUUCUUCAGUUGAUGUCUGUUGCAUACAACAUACCACCACAGAUAUAUACAGCUGAGAUCGAGUGCGAUCUACCUUCAUCCGCCGAUGAGUGGACGGCAAGUGAUGCCACAUCUUGGAUGGUUGCACGCAAGGAGACCACUGUCCGCGAAGUGUCAUUCCAAGACAUCUUCGGGCAGUUGUUCUACCCAACCGGGCCGUCAGUCGCCCAUAUUUCGCGAUUCGGCAGCUAUGUCCUCCUACUUGGUCUUCUGCAGGCGAUCAUCACCAAGCGCCAAACAAUGGCUCGUACGCAGAACAUCAGUCCACAUGAUAUCGAGGAGCUCAGUCGUGCUCUAAAACACUGGCAGCCGCUCUUCGAGCACUCGCCAGAAGCGAAAUCACCAAAUCAUGAUAUCCUUUCCUCCAAUACUAUGGGUCUAGUCCGCUUAGCUUGGAUCCGCUUACAUGUCGAUCUUGGGCCAUGCCGAAACCUAGCGAGCCGCGAUCCCAAAUCUAUCGCGAAAGCAUUUGCCUAUGCCGCUCCUUCGAUUAGACGCACACCAGAACUGGUCAAUCCCAUUUUUCAGGCAACACAUUCGCUGUCAAUACCAAUCAGAAUGGGCAUCAACUACGUCGCCAAGACCCAGACGUCUUCAUGGUCCGUGCAAAACUCACUGGCGAACCUCGAAUGUGCGAUCCUGGUCUCGAAGUGGCUAGAGAUGCUCGCCGAGGCCUGUUCUCAGACUCCAUUGGAUCAACAGGAGGCCAUGAUCGUGCAGACCAUUACGAGUCUUGUGCGCGAAAGCGGCAUGUUCGAUGACGAGGUCUUUGGUGACGAGGACUCGGAAGCUGCUGCAGCGGCAGCCACUGCAGCGGAUGGAAUCCGCGGUAUGCCGCCGCUGGAGAGCGAUCGCUUCGGCAAUGUCCCUCUUCGACCGGCAUCGCGUCAAGCUCGCAGUAUGAGCGCAGGUGUGGGCUCAGCAGCAGAUCAGAAGCAAAAAUUGAGAAGACUAGCAGGCGCAGUGGCGAGGUUAUGGGCUGAGAUCUUCAAGGGCCUGCAUGUAUUCGAAUUGGUCAACAUCAUUGGGGAGAGUUUGACGAGUUACGCGGAAAAUGUAGAAAGCGUAUGGAUGCCGAGUGGUGGACAGUAUUGA